CAUCUUGGAGUCCGGGCGGUGAGAGGCAGCCCAAAUCAAAAUCGGCUCCCUCAGCGGGGGGGGAGAUCAGAGGAAGCCCAAGUGAGAAUCGUCUCUCUCAAGGGGGGGGAGGUCAGAAGAUCAGAUGGACGAGCCCGCGACCGGGGCUACGGGGACGGCGACUUCGUCCAAGCUCAACGGAGGACGGUUCGAUUUCGACGACGGCGGGACUUUCCUCGGCGGCUGGGAGGACGGCAAAGCACACGGCCAUGGGGUCUGCACCGGCCCCAAGGGACAAGGCGCUUAUUCCGGCAGUUGGCAUUACGGCUUCGAAGUUUCGGGAGUCUACAUUUGGCCAAGUGGGAGUGCGUACGAGGGCCAGUGGCAAAACGGUAAAAGGCACGGUUUGGGCGUUGAGUCGAGGGGUCGAUGGAUGUACAGAGGAGAAUGGACCCAGGGUUUUAAAGGCCGUUACGGCGUCAGACAAUCUUCGACAAGUAAUGCCAAGUACGAAGGGACAUGGGCGAACGGUCUUCAGGACGGCUACGGCUCCGAAACCUACGCCGAUGGAGGCACUUACCAAGGACAGUGGCUGCGAGGUAUGCGGCACGGAUACGGAGUCAGGGCGUCCGCACCUUUCGGCCAGGCGUCCCAUUAUCGGCCUAACAAAUCGCUCAGGGCGUCACUCACGUCGCUGCGAAGCGUGGACGGUGCUGCAGGCGCAGGUGGUGCAGGCCCGGAAAACGCAGCAGCUGCUGAGAGGGACAGAAGAGUCGACGAUUCUCGGGGUGGCUUCGUUCUCAAGGCGAAGAGCGACGAAGCACCAGUCCGUCGAAGAUCCCUCGUAGAAAAAAGCAGCAAUAUCAAAAAGUCCAUACUCUCGGGGUUGAAAAUCCGAAAACAGAGGAGCACCGGUGAUCUUGAAAAACGUGGUACUUCCGGUGGAAGUAUUAGAAGUACAGGAAGCAGUGCGAGUUGGGUUAGUACAGAAUCUUCACAGAGCGGAGUCACCGGUUCGCUUCAUACCGAUUCCAACGCCAGCUUCGUCGUCGAGGAUGAACAUAUGGACGCUUCUGUAACAGAAACGUAUCUCGGCGAAUGGAAGAACGACAAAAGGUCGGGUUUUGGCAUCAGCGAGAGGUCCGAUGGUCUCAAGUACGAAGGAGAAUGGUUUAAUAACAAGAAAUACGGUUACGGUGUCACGACAUUCAGAGACGGCUCUAAAGAAGAAGGAAAGUACAAGAACAACGUCCUCAUCACCUCCCAGAAGAAAAAACACCUUUUCCUUAUAAGAUCCGCCAAGUUCAGGGAAAGGAUAGACGCGGCUGUGAACGCUGCACAACGUGCCUCAAAAAUUGCCCUUCAAAAAGCUGAUAUUGCUAUUUCAAGGACGGCGACUGCGAGAGGAAAGGCCGAACUUGCUGAUUUGUCGGCUGAGCACGCUAGAGAAGAUUUCGAAGUGGCACAAAACACGGCGAAGCAGUUUGCACCAGACUUCAUUCAGCCAGGUCUUGAAAAACUGCGAAACCGUGAAAUGCCAAGGUAUCGUCCUGAGGAUGUUCUACCAACAGCAGUGACGUCCCCUCCCAAAGUGGCUGUGAACUCUAUUCCAAACAAACAGCAACACGCCAGGAGUAGAGAAGGUAGUGUAACAAGCAGCCCAGCGUCUAAACCCACAUCGGCCACCACCGGCUACGAGACCAUGCAGACGAACGCGAUAGUCCACCAGCAGGACAACUACUAUCCGAACCACCAGCCGCCGCAGCCUCAACCGCAGUACACGCAGCAACAGCAACAAUACCAUCAAGAACAGCUACAGUUGCAACAGCAGUAUCAGCAGCAGUAUCAGAAUCAAGACGCAGCUACAUACCAACACGUAGUAACGCCGCCGACUCCGCUUCCUAGUAAUAAAGUGGAACGAGACGAUUUGCACAGCCGACAGACGAUACGAAGAAAUUCGAGGCAAGUGACCGGAGAGUCACCAUCGUAUAACUUCCAGCAAGCGAUGAGUGACCACUUUGACCACUAUAAACGGGCACCAAGUCGAGACGGGUCAGUCGACCGGUACGCCCGGGGCAGUUCGAGACUCUCCGGAGGCCCUUCUCGGCAACCGUCGAUAGACAAGACUCCAGCAGGAGAUACUGUUCUAUCGCCCCAGAAUGUCGCCGCCGUGCAAGCCGCUAUGUCCAGGGCGCCCAGCGUCGCAAGAGCACCAACGCCGAGUACUGGGAAUGGCUCGGUGGUCGGCGCACUCCCUCUCCCGAGGCAGACUUCGCCUUUCGUCGAAGAAGUUGCAGGGACGAGGAGACGCGGAGGGCAAGAGGUGGUACCUUCGAUUACUCAACCCAAAAGGACAGAAAGCCUUUACAUCGCUCCCAACAAAAAGGAACCUGCUGUUAAGGCUCCUCCAGUGAACGUGUCACUUCAAAGGAAAAAGAGUUUACCAGACGUCCAAGGUCUGCCAUCAGCAAUGGAGGCAAUGUCGAGGGAAGAAGUGUCUGUUCUCAGCUCAGCCAGAAGGGAAGAAGUCCGUCGAAUGCAAGAUGAGGCAGAGAAACUGCGCGCAAAUCCCCUGCUAUACCUUGUCAGCCCUCAUGUUAAGGAAUGGUUUUCAAGGCAGCAGCUUGUGAUGCUAGUUUUAUUCGUCAACAUAUCCCUCGCUAUAAUGUUCUUCAAGCUGCUAACGUAGUAGCAGGCCCUGCGUGGCCUUUGUCCACGGUUGCUAGCCUCUUCUGAAUGUGUCAAUUAGCGAAAUGUGAGGACUUGAUAUGUAUCCGGGUUAGAUGACAUCUUCAACCUCGGGAGUCUCUCAAUUUCAUAAAGAGGGCCACCAAUUGUCUUAAUUUCCAAAUUUAUUUUUCAUUUCUUUUGGCCCUCAGUACAUAAUUGACUCAUCAAAAUUCAUUGUUUAAUUGCAUAAGUUAAUUUAAUUUAAUUAUUGUGGUUUGUAGAAAUAUUAUUUAAAAAUAAACCAAGAGACUUGUGACCAAUUGGUCGUUGCCAUGCAAAGAAUUGAUUAAAAGGUGUAUUUCGUUUUUAGUUUUAAGUAUUUAGGGAAAUUAUAAAUUGAUUAUUUGAAAAAAAAAUUGUUCAAUUUCUUAUUCACCAUCAGCUGCACUUGAGAAAUAUGACAAUUUUUUACCUCUACAACCUCAAAGAUUUGUUAGUUAUUAAUUUAUCUUAACUGUACAUAGACAUAUAAUAAACCUGUCAAAAAUAAGAAACAUUGCUUUUGAAGAAAAAAAAAAUUGGGCCACCUUUCGUGCAAGAGGAUUGUUGAACCCUAAUAUUUGUGUUUCUGAAAAAUAAAAUUUAAAGAAUUGUG